AUGGACCUUCUAUUUUCGGUGCUUACCAAGUGCUUACCUUGCUUUCCAGACCUUUCGAGUCCAUCAGUCACGAUCAAUGGGACGAAAUACAGAAUACUUCGUCUUCUAGGUGAAGGAGGCUUCUCCUACGUAUACUUGGUGUCCCAGAAGAAUAACCCCAAUAACUUGUAUGCAUUGAAGAAGAUACGGUGCCCAUAUGGAGGAAAUGAUGCUACAUUCACCAAUGCCAUGCAAGAGAUCCGCAGCUACCACAGAUUUGCGGAAAGCAGAACUCCAUAUAUCAUUCAUACCAUAGAUGAAAGUGUUGUCAAUGAAAACGACGGCUCGAGAACUUUCUACAUUUUGCUCCCUUAUUUUGAAAGAUCUCUUCAAGAUGUGAUCAACUUCAAUGUUCUCAACAGUGUCACCAUGGAGGAGGAAGAGGUAUUGAAGAUUUUCAUCGGUGUUCUUAGAGGAGUUCAGGCAAUGCACAAGUAUCAGAGAAGAGGAACCAGCGCUGGCGCAGAAACAGAUGAUGACGAACAUGACAUAAUGCUACCAGACAACGAUGAUGAUAGUAUAGCCGAGGCUACUGAGCUACUGGAACUCUGCCCCUUCGCGCAUAGAGACAUCAAGCCUGCCAACGUGAUGCUUUCAGCGGAGGGGUUGCCCGUUUUAGUGGACUUAGGACCAUGUUCAAAAGCGCGUGUUAAUAUAGAGAAUCGUCAGCAGGCUUUGAUUUUGACAGAGUUUGCACAAGAGCACUGCACCCUUCCUUAUAGAGCUCCUGAGCUAUUGGAUGUGGCCAGCAACGCCGAGAUUACAGAACUGACAGACAUAUGGUCAUUGGGAUGCCUUCUAUACAGCUGUUGCUUUGGCUUUUCGCCAUUUGAAAAGUUGGAGAUUGAACAAGGUGCCAAUUUGAAUUUGGCAAUUUCGCAGGGCAAGUACGAAAUCCCCAACGAUAUUCGCGGCUUUUCACCCGAACUAAUGGAAAUUAUCAAGUCAUGUCUAAAACUAGAUCAUAAAGAGCGUCCAAACGUCGAUGAACUCUUGAAUUCAUGUUUGGCAUUGCUACAAAGAGACUAG